ACCCAGGCUCGGCUCUGGCCAUGAUAAGACAUGCCUGUGGAGGCUGCCUGGUGCCCCGCUUGUCGCCAUGGGAGUGGGGGCAACAGAGCUGGUCCCUCAUUAUGGACCAGCUUCCGAUGGGGUUUUUAUCAAGCGUCAGCAAGCCAGGCUAGGCCACUGGUGGCUGAGGGAUGUGACAAUUCCGGGAGUUCCCAGGCAGGGAGAAAGGAAGGCUGAUGGCCUGGGUGGGGAGACCUGAGUGGGGUCAGGCCAAGUGGCAGGCUGGAGCAUUGCUGAGUCUCACUUCUCAGAUGCAGGCUGAAGGCACGGGCCAAACAGUGGGCGGGGGGCCAGGAACUUGGAUGUGUUCCCAGGCACCCCCACCAACACUGCCCGAGGAAGAACGUGGAGAGAGGCUGAUAGAGCUGCACGCCUCCUUCAGGGAGCUGGUCACCUUCUUCUGCACCAACUCCACUAUCCACGGCACCAUCCGCCUUGUCUGCUCCAGCCAGAACCGCCUCAAGACGGCCUCCUGGGGGCUACUGCUGGCAGGAGCCCUGGGCGUACUCUACUGGCAGUUCGCGCUCCUCUUCGAGCAGUACUGGCGUUACCCGGUCAUCAUGACAGUGUCCGUGCACUCGGAGCGCAAGCUCUUCCCAUCAGUCACUCUGUGCGACAUGAACCCACACCGGCCACACUUAGCCCGCCACCAUCUGCGGGUUCUGGAUGACUUUGCCCGGGAGAACAUCUACUCCCUGUAUCAGUUCAACUUUAGCUACAGCAGGGACGCCCUGGGGGCCGAGGUCUCAGGUCCAGAGCCCGCCUUCCAGCUGGACCGUAGGAUCCGCCUGCAGAGGCUGAGACCCUUGGACGGCCAGAACAGAGUGGGCUUCAAACUGUGUAACAGCACUGGAGGCGACUGUGUUCAGCAAGCCUACUCCUCCGGCAUCAUAGCCGCCCAGGAGUGGUACCGCUUCCACUACAUAAACAUCCUGGCCCUGCUGCCCACUGCCCAUGAGGACAGCCACGGCAGCCACUUUGUCUUCUCCUGCCGCUACGACGACCGGGACUGCCAUGCCCAGCACUUCCAGACAUCCCACCACCCCACCUAUGGCAGCUGCUACACCUUCAACAGUGUCUGGGCCACACACCGGCCGGGCGUCACCCACAGGAUCAGCCUGGUCCUCAGGGCUGAGCAGCAGGACCACCUCCCUCUGCUGUCCACGAAGGCCGGCAUCAAGGUCAUGAUCCAUCCACAAGACCACACGCCCUUCCUGGAGCAUCAGGGCUUCAGCAUCCGGCCAGGGACAGAGACCACCAUUGACAUCCGUGAGGAUGAGGUGCACCGGCUCGGGAGCCCCUAUGGGCAGUGCAUGGACAGCACAGGCAGCGUGGACGUGCAGCUACUGUACAACACCUCCUAUACCAGGCAGGCCUGCCUGGUCUCCUGCUUUCAGCAGCUGAUGGUGCAGACCUGCUCCUGCGGCUACUUCUUCUACCCUCUGCCGGCGGGGGCCGAGUACUGCAGCUACAUGCGGCACCCAGCCUGGGGUCACUGCUUCCACCACCUCUACCAGAAACUGAAGACCCACCAGCUUCCCUGCACCACCCGAUGCCCGCAGCCUUGCAGGGAGUCGUCGUACAGGCUCUCUGCCGGGACCUCCAGAUGGCCUUCCUCCACAUCAGCCGACUGGGUCCUGGCUGUGCUGGGUGAGACAAGCCGACGGAACCCAUGGCCACCUUCUGCCUCCAUCAAGUCCUGGCCGCUGCCCCUGCCCUCCUCGCCCUCCAGGGCCCGCACAGAAGGCCCCACCAGCAGGUCUAGGGCUCAGCCCCUCUCACCUGUGCCCUGCCCCAGGAUCAGCCUGGCCAAGGUGAACAUUUUCUAUCAGGAGCUCAACUACCGCAUGGUGAAUGAGACACCGGUCUACUCGGUGUCACAGCUGCUCUCAGCCAUGGGCAGCCUCUGGAGCCUGUGGCUCGGCUCCUCCGUCCUCUCGGUCGUGGAGGUGCUAGAGCUGCUGCUGGACGCCAUGGCUCUCACCCUGCUGCUGUGCUGCCGCUGGCUCCGCAGGUCUCAGGGCCAGCCCAGGGCGGCCAUGAGGGUGCCCCCUCCAAGCCAGAGGCCAGCCAGUGGACCAGUGGCUGCAGGCACAACAUCGAAUGCCCCGGGACCUGGCUGCCUUCGCCUCCCACGAUGCUGCCGGGACUUUAGCAGGAGUCUUGGCUGAGGAGUUCAGCCAAGAGUGAGCCCCAGAGACCCCUGACACCUGAACCAGUCUGAAC